AUGCAUGCUCUGCACCAGAUUCUGCUUUUUCAUGUUCUGACAUGUCUCGGACGAAACGCACAUGGAAGUGUAAUCAUACACGGGAAAAAAGUCCCGCAGAAUUCAAUGCUGUAUAUGGCCUCGGUGCAGAACUCCAAACAUCAUGUAUGUGGAGGAUUCCUCAUCAGUGAAAACUUUGUGCUCACUGCUGCACACUGUGAUGAUGAAGAACCAACAAGUGUGGUUCUUGGCACCCACGAUAUCACAAAGGCUGAUGACUCAAUGAGGUACAGUAUAACGAAAUUCAAGCAUCCGCACUAUAAAGGUGUCUCAUAUGGGAAUGACCUCAUGCUCCUCAAACUGUCUAGGAGCAUUGGACUGAACGACAGAGUACAACAAAUUCCACUUCCCAAAGAUGAAAAGAACAUGACAGAAAACGUAGAGUGUAGUGUAGCUGGAUGGGGUUAUACUGAAACUAGUCCAUUGAGAAUAGUUGAUGAGCUGAGAGUGGCGAAUGUGUCCAUCAUUAACCAGGACAUUUGUAACAAGACAUGGGGUGGUCUUCCUGCCAAUGUUAUCUGUGCAGGUGGAUAUAACACAAUGAAAGGAUUCUGUCAGGGUGAUUCUGGCGGUCCUCUGGUGUGCGACGGGCAGGCUGUUGGUGUUGUGUCUUUCAAUCACAAGAAAAACUGUAAUUACCCACAUAUUCCCAACGUCUACAUGGACAUAUCAAAAUACCUUGGCUGGAUCAAUGACACUCUCAAAGAGAAUAGUUAAAUGUAACAAUUCAGCAUGCUUUUAUUAUGUAUUGUACUGGUUAAUUGGCUUUAGAACAGCAUUCUACUUCCUGUUG